AUGGCUCGGCCCACCAUCGACAUAAGUACAUACUUUUCAGCGAAUCUACAAGAGAAAGGCACCUACCAGUUUAUGAUCACGGCAGAAGAGCUUCCAGACCCAGAGCAGGAGCAAAUUGUUAGGAAAGCUAUGGAACAUCCAUACUGGAUGAGGACAACAAAGAUCCAGGUACACAAUUGCACUGCAAUAUGGAAGCAAUUGACGGAUAAAAAAUACAGCUUAGUAAUAAAAUGUAAAGUAUUAAGCUCUAUUCCAUUCUAUGUACGUGAAGAUAAAAGAUCUCCAAGAGUGAGUCAGAUAUUAUUAGCUGUGAAUAGAAUGAAUGAUAUCCCUGAAGGUAUGGAUGUUUUUGUUGAGUUGAGGAACUGUAGUAUGGACCGGAAUAAGAUUAAGGAGCUUAAACCUGACUUUGGACAGUUGACAACAAUUGAAAACUUGGACUUGGGUAACAACCAAAUGAAGAAAGUGCCUCUGCCAAUAUUUCGACUACAUAAAUUAAAGGUUCUUCGUCUCUCCGUGAAUGAGAUUGAGGAGAUUCCAGUUGGGUUCUCUGCCCUUAAAAACCUGGUAAACUUUAGAAUUGGGUCUAAUAGAUUGAGGUACAUUCCUGAUAAUUUUGGAGAAUGCCAGAGUCUUAAAUAUUUAAAGUUAGCUAGCAAUCGUUUUACAGAACUGCCAAGAGCACUGUUGAAGCUUCAGAAUCUAGAACAGCUGUUGGUCUCAUCAAAUAAAUUGCGUACUGUACCAUUGGAAUUGUUUGAAAACCCCAAGCUGCAGAUGUUCCAUGCUGAGGGGAAUCCUCUUGUACAACCCCCACUAGAAGUUGUUACUCGUGGUUUAUCAGCAGUGCGUGAAUAUUGUAGAGCUUUUAAACAAGGUGAUAUUAAGGAUGACAGACUUAAAGUUAUAUUUCUUGGUGCAUCAGAAGCUGGGAAAACAACUCUAUGCAAAACAAUUGUCGAAGGGAAAUGCACUGUAGAAACUGAGCGCACAGUAGGUAUUGAGAAGCAUUUACUUGAUCUCCGCGAUGUGAAGUUGGUGUUUUGGGAUUUUGCUGGACAGCUUGUUUACUAUCAAACUCACCAUAUCUUCAUUACCCAUGAUGCUUUGGUAGUUCUUGUUGUCAACCUUGCAGAAUACAAGCUUGUUGAUAACAACUUUGAAAACAUGUCAUACAAAGAACUCGUCCAUCUGUGGAUUGCUAAUGUGUCAAUGAGAGUUCCUAAUGCAGUUGUUCUUGUAGUUGGCACACACAUAGAUGUAGUGAAAAAAAGAGGUGAAGAUCCUGAGGCAAAGAUGGAAGAUAUCAUGGAAAGAAUAACAAAUCAGCUCAAAGAAAAAAGAGAUCUCUUAGAAAGUAGGAUUACUACUUUAGAUGAAAGAAUAAAAGACAUGGAGGAAAGUGAAGAUGUGCAACAGGAUAAACUCGAAGUUCUGAGCAGGAAAAUACGAGAGUUGAAAAAUGAAAAAAAGGUAGCAGAUCUUCAGAGUAGGCAUCCUUUCAUCUCAGGAGACGAUGGGUUUGUUCCCAGUGAGUCGCUCGCUCAGUCUUCGUGGUCUCUCCAGGGCGCAGGCCUGGGCAUGUGUGUAUGGAAACCUAGUGCUGCCCAGUCAUCAAGGUUCCCCUCUCUUCCGCACCAACGAAGUCCAAGGAAAUGCAGAGCACUACGUUUGGAGCCGGCUUGGCUGCAGGAGCUGCCAGAAGGGCGACUAAUAGUUGAUCCAAGUGCCUCAGGGUCUCUACUCUGGAUUUCUAUCUGUCCAAAUUACGUAAUGCUUUGCUCUAAAGAACCCAACACAGAAGGACUUGUUGAGUUCAAGGAUGCUGUCAUAAGUCUGGCAUUAGACCAGAAACGAUUUCCACAGCGCGGCAAAAACAGACCCAAAUCAUGGAAGGAAGUUGAGAACUUCUUAUUCGAGGAAAGAAAGGUUUCUCUAAGUGAUGAUAAAAGUCGGACAGGAAUGAGAUCACACAAAUCUCUUAUCCAACGCAUAAAAAAAGAAAUUUUUGGUAUGGAAACACUGGAUAACAUAAACCCUGUCCUGCAUUAUCUUCAUAACUUGGGUGAAAUCAUCUGGUUUGAUGACAUUAAUGAUUUGAAGGAACAUGUCUUUGUCAACCCAUCUAUGCUGAUAGAUGUAUUCAAGAUGGUCAUCAGACAUGAUCUUGAAAAAAACCUCACAAAUUGUAACACAAAAUGGCGUGAUUGGAAGAUUCGGUCAAGUUUAACUAAGAUGAAGUUCAAUAUUUAUCUGAGAAAGUUUCAAGAAGAAGCCUUUAUCAAUCACAAGCUGCUGUACAUUCUCUGGAUGAAGUUGCCUGCCAAAGAAUCUGAAGUAGGUGUACUGGUCCGAAUUCUGGAGCAGUUUGGUCUAUGUCAUACGAUAGAGGACACAGAUGUACGGGCACAACCACAGAAACUGGAUCCAAAAGCUCCAGAUUUUCAGCCUCAGGAACCCACUGGUACACAACCUUUGUCACCAAUACCAAAGGGACUAUCCGAGACCGGGAAACCAGUGAUGAGUGUUACAGAUGCAGUGAUGUAUCAACCAAUGGUUCCAGGAGUUGAACUUAGAAGCGGUUCACUGGAGGUUUCUGCAUGCCAUCAGCUUUCUACAUACCAUCCUCCUUUAGUUCCCCCGUGUAUGCCCAAUUACUACAAUUGCAGCCUAGCACUUGGAAUUCCUCCAUCCGGAAUGCAAGCCAUGUAUACCCAGGAAACAUACCUGCAUACUAAUCAUGGCAUGGUAACUACAGAAAAUCCUUCCCCAAUGUAUGUGCCCUCGGCUGAUGUGGAACCUGGAUAUCCAGCUCCGGUCUAUUGCAAUCCUUAUCCUCAAAUUGCUCCACAUUACAUACUGCCAGAUAGAAAUCCAUAUAUUCCUUUCUGUGAAAGUGGCAUGUUUUCUACAAUUCCUCAUUCUCCAACCUAUAGCCCUCCAUAUAACCAAUACAGUAGCGCACCUAACCUAAUGGUAAAUGGUCAAUUUAUGACCAAUCUAGGGAAUGGCUAUCAGGUAGGGGAAGCAGCUGCAAAUACUACAUCCAUGUUAGGUGUGGCAAUGCCAAAUCAUGAAGAACAAACAACAUUUGCAGACACCGAGUCAGUUGUAUCCAGUACUUCAUCUCUGUCUUUAGAGACUGCAAGCUCUACUUCAAAUAACCCUGAUCAGUCAAAGACAAGAUUCCGGCGAAAGCUUGGAGCAGAAAGUAGAUUUUCAUUAUUCCCAUGCUAUCUCUCAGAGAAACCAAACAUCAAGCAAGAAAUAUGGGAUUCUAAAUGUUCAGAAUGUGAAGAGAUUAAUGUCCAAUUUUCUCUUUUUCCAAUGAAGCCUCGUGGGUUCUUUGAGAAGUUAUCUGUGACCUGUCAUCGAAAGGAUUUAGAUUUAAGGAUCACCUUAUAUCAUAGGCACAUUAAGUUGAUCAAUAACCAGUCAGUGGAGUCCCUUAUCUACAUCACUGACGAGAAUGAUGAAGAAGUGUUUAUGAUUGCCAGAAAGAAAAAGUGUGUUUAUAUGGGAGGCACUCAAGAACUGAGUCCAUACAGUGUAAAGGUGAAGGGCGCUGUGGACAGGACAUAG